AUGCCACCAAAAAUACAACCUCCUACAUGGUCGGAGAAUGAUAGAACAAACAUAAAACAAAUGUUUGAUGCUUUUAAAAACAAAUCUAUCCCUGAAAAUGUUGAUUUAAUGAAUUAUGGUAGAUAUAUUGCAAAUAACUAUUUAAAUAGUAAAAUUGUAUUAGGAAAUUUAAAUACAAACAAAAGUAACACGUGGAAAGAAUGGGAAAAAAAAGGUUAUUUAAAUGAUUUAGAAUACUUCUAUAAUAAUUUACAAGUGAAAUACUAUUUAACAAAUAUUAAACUAUCACCUACUAAUAAUCCGAUUGUUGGAAAUAAUUAUUUGAUCGGAAAGGAAGUACAAGUAGAUCCUAAAAAGUUAUUAUUUAAAUCUACAACAACCAAAACUAUUAGAUUAGGAAAAGGUAUUUUAAGUACAAUUAAUGAAAAUAAUUAUUCUAUGAAAGAUAUUAUUUAUAGUACUAAAUAUAAAGAAUGUUUUAAUGAAACAAAUAGUUCAUUAGAUAUUCCUAAACAUUUGCUUUUUGAAAUACCAAUUGAUUCUAACAAAUCUACUCCAAUAUCAAAAUGUCAAACUAAAACAGAUUUAAAUUUACAAUCAAUCAAACAAUCAUUCCCUCCAUUAUCAAGCGAAGUUGAAGAAAGUAAUGUUUUUGAUAAUAAGGAAUUAAAAAUUAAAGAAUUAUUAAUAGAUUCAACUAAUGAUGAUGAUGAUAAUUUGUUCGAUAUGGAUUUAGUUUCAGAAAUCUUGAAAAACAAAACAAAACCUCCAUCAACUCCACCAUCAACAAAACUACCCACAACUUCUCCACCAACAACUCCACUAACAAUUACUCCAACAAUACCACCAACUCCACUAACAAUUACUCCAACAUUAGAUUCUCUAUUACAAAUUGCCACACCAGUAAUUUUAAAAGGAGAAGAAAAAAAAAGAAAAUUCGAUGAUUAUGAAAAUGAUGAACAAAAUGAAAAGGUUUUAAAAAGAUAUAUAAAAUCAUUAGAAGAAAAAAUUAAUAAGUUAGAAAAGAAAAUAGAAAAAAAAUCCAAAAUUAUUGAAAAUCUUAUGGAAAAUCAAAACAAUUCCAAGAAAGUAUCAGAAAUUGAAUAUAUUAUACAACAAACUAAACCUAUUGCCGAAAAUAUUAUUAAUAAUUCUAAAAUAGUACAAAAUUUUAUUGGUGAUGUUAAUGAAUUAUUAAGUCAAACACAUAAUUGUAAACCUGUUAUUAUAAUGGAAAAGAAAAACAAAAUUAUUUUAUCAGAUGAGGAGAAAAAUAAUUACUUAAAAAUGAUUACUUAUCAUAAUGAUAAAUCAGUAACGUUUAAUUUGGAUAGUAUAUUAGGUAAACAAAUAAGAAUUUCUGAAAGCCAAUAUCAACAAUUAUUAAAUAGAGGAAAUUUAAAAUCUGGAUUUACAAAAAACUUAUUUUUGGAAUUUUUUAAAUUAAAAUCUUCAGAUUUAACAGAAGAACAAAUUGAAAAGGUUUUUAGAUUCUUGGCUAUAAUUAAACCAAUAACUUUUGAUAAAAAAAGAUUUAAAAAAGAUAGGAAAAAUUUGGAAAAGAAAAAAACAAAAAACGAUGAUGAUGAUUUUGAAGAAAAUGAAAUAACAAAAGAUAUUAAUAAUUCUGAUAAUGAAAAAUUUGAAAUAUCAGAUAAUAAUGUUAAUCAAUAUGAUCUUACAAAUAAUUUAGAAUGUAUGUAUUAA